AUGCAUAACAGUAGUGGAGAUUACACCACCAAGUCAGGAUAUGCUCAAGCCAGAUUGAAAUUAAGCAAAAAGGCCAAUAAGAUGCAAGCAAAUGAGAGAUCCAGCGCAAGGAAUGAUGAUCCUACACUAUGGCAUCAAGUUUGGGAUCUAAACAUAAAACAUAAACUAAAGCACUUCCUAUGGAAAUGUCUUCAUAACAUCCUGCCUACAAAUGAAGAAGUGCAUAGAAGAACUUGUAAAGGGGAUAAGUGGUGCAAAUGCUGUGGUGAAGAGGUAGAAACAUUAGAGCAUCUUUUUUUCAACUGUAAAGCUAGAGAAGAGGCUUGGAAGACAUUCCCUAUCAAAUGGGACGGUAUUCAAGAAAGCUCGUGGAAUUUCUGGAAGUGGUGGGAAGCGUUGCAAAGUGCUAGAUGCAGAGUUAACGGCAUCAGUCACAUAGAAGCCACGACAAACUUCUUGUGGCAAUUGUGGAAAGCAAGGAAUGUCUGCAAUUUCAACAAGGAAAGCACAAAAGGUAACCUGAUCUCAAGUAGAGCUCUAGAAGAAUGGCUAGAGUACAAACAGAUGUGGGACUUGGAGAAAAGGGAAAGCAAAAAGGAUGAUCCAGAAGUACCAACGAUGACCAUCACAGAAGAACUUCAGGAUCAACAUGUCAUUCUAAUGUUCACGGAUGCAACAAUGGACAAAAAGAGAAGUAGAGGGGGAUUGGGCAUCGCGACAAAGGACCAUAAUGGAAAACUUGUCAAAACAUGGGCAAUCCCUACUGGAAUGAUGAAGGAUGCUGCCAUACUAGAAGCAGAAGCAAUCAGAUCAGCCAUGCUCAAAGCUCUGGAAGAAGGGUGGACAUCUCUACUCAUACAUUCAGAUUGUAAGUGUCUAGUGGAUAGAUUUAAUCACAGAUGUAUUGGGUUAUCUCUGUUAGAUGUGUUGGUAGAUGAUAUCGUACAUCUUAGUCGAUCCUUUUGA